AUGUCUGCCCACCUCCUUCCCAGCCAUAGCCCGGAUGGGCGAUUCUCAAUGUCCGUCGACUCCGCGGAAGGCUAUGACAUGUAUCAGACCGAGAAAGAACAGCCUCUGCUCGAACGGGUUUUGCAGCGGCUGUAUCUCUUGUUACGGUCGAUGAGAUACCGUCACGGCUAUAGACCUCUCGGCCCAGCCUUCGCCCAGCCUCGCUACCGACGCGUUUGCUUCCGACUAGCAUACUAUGUCUCCGUCUUGCUGUCGGCCAUUCUCCUGCUUGUUGUUCUCUUUUCCACAUGUUUCCCCUCAUAUACCCAUCUUCCACCUCAUUAUCUGUCACUUCGCGAGCGUGUCUCCAGUUCAAAUUAUCCCGGCCGGGGGAAUCCGCGCAACGAGACUGUGUUUAUCGCGGCGAGCCUUUAUGACCCCACUGGUCAACUCGCACGUGGCCACUGGGCCUCCAGCAUCCUCCAACUCAUCGACCUUCUUGGAGAAGAUAAUGUCUUUCUCAGCAUUUACGAGAACGACAGCGGAGACGAGGGCGAAGCAGCUCUGAAAGAGCUAGACGACCGAGUUCCGUGCAACAGGUCUAUAGUGUAUGAGCACUUGGACAUCGAUGAACUGCCCAAAGUCACCAUUCCGGGAGGGGAAGAGCGCGUCAAGCGUAUUACCUACUUGGCGGAGACUCGCAACCGUGCCCUUCGACCGCUCGAUAAGCCCACCACUCGGUAUGACAAGCUUCUUUACCUGAACGACGUGGCUUUUGAUCCCGUUGAUGCACUGCAGCUCCUGUUCUCUACCAACAUCGAUGACAACGGGGUAGCGCAGUACCGAGCUGCGUGUGCUGUUGAUUUCAUCAACCCUUUCAAGUUUUACGACACAUACGCCACUCGCGACUUGGACGGCUAUAGCAUGGGCCUCCCCUUCUUUCCAUGGUUCUCAGAUACUGGAAACGGCCAGAGCCGCAAGGAUGUUAUUGCGGGGAAAGAUGCGGUACCGGUUCGCAGCUGUUGGGGAGGAAUGGUAGCAUUCGACGCCCAAUUCUUCCAGCAAGACACAAGAACAAAUGUCGAGAUAGCCGGCGACAGCCUUCCAGCCCGCUUCCGCGCCUUGCGCGAUGAAAAUCUCUUCUGGGACGGGUCCGAGUGUUGCUUGAUCCACGCGGAUAUUCAGAAGCCGUUGCAUACCGAAGAAGGAGAUGAAAAGAAUCAAGUUGAAACUGGAAUAUACAUGAACCCCUUCGUGCGGGUUGCCUAUGACACCAAAACUCUUUCAUGGCUCUGGACUACGCGUCGCUUCGAGAGUCUCUACACCCUCGUUCAUAACAUCGGUGAUCAUCUUGUCGGGCUGCCUUGGUUCAACGCCCGGCUGGGUGAGGUUCCUGGGGAGACUGUGCAGGACGAGAUCGUUGUGUUUGAUGAAAAGGGAGAAGGUUCUCUCCAGCCUAUCGAGCGAGUCGCUAGACACGACGCCUUCUGUGGACGUCCGGGAUUGCAAGUGGUCCAGCCGCGGGAAGAAGGUAAAAAGGGCUGGCAGACGAUACCAAUGCCGACGUGA